AUGUUUCUUUAUAUUGCAGAGAUCGAGUCAGCAGAAGCAUGCAAGUGGCUUCGUGCUGCGGGAUUCCCUCAGUAUGCGCAGAUGUACGAAGAUGGGCAUUUCCCCAUCGACCUGAACAGCGUGCAUAGGGACCACCCGUUCCUGGAUGCCGACUCGCUGAAGUCGCUCUUCCGCCGGCUGCACACGCUCAACAGGAGCGCUGCUAUCAGAGUCGACAAGACCAAGAGCCACGUGUCUGCUGACGACAGUGAGGAGGAGCUGGAGUGCGCGCUCAGCGAGCAGUGGACGUUCCAGGCGCGGUCCCGGCGCUGGUCGCGGCUUGAUGACGCAAGCGCGGCGGGGGUGGAUCAGGAUACGCUGCGCGUGCCCAGCCAGAGCUCUGUGCACGACCAGGAGCGCGACCACGACCGCGACGCGUCUCCCGGGUCGUCCGCCGCCGCGUCGGCGGCCGACGCCCCCGCAUCACCCAGCGUGCGCCGCAGCGGCAGUGAACGGCUCAAGGACAGCGCGCGGGCUCUGCUGAAGCGCGUCGACAGCCUCAAGGCGCGCCGCCGCAAGCGCCUGCACCGCGAGGCCGCCGUCGUCCAGGGCCCGCAGCUGGAGGUGUCGCUGUCAGACUCGGAGGUCGGUCCGACGAGCUGGCGCGCCCAACAUGACAAGGUGUUGGAGCUGUUGGACGCGGACAGCAAGGGGUCACAGGAUGAAGAUCUCAACAGGCCUUCGGCGAGUGCCAAUCUGCGCGCCCAGCUGCGGGGCGGCAGUCUGCGUCACCAGACGCCGGUCCAUCACUCCUUCCACAAGGCCGAAUCAUUCGCCGCAGGGGGCAGCGAAUCCGCACUGUCGGCGUCGCUGGAUAGCCACGAGUCAACUAGCACGUUGGCUGACAGCGACCGCGACGAAGCAGAUGCCUCCCCGCGGCAUAGUGUAGUAGUAAUAGAAGUAGUAGCAGAAGUAGAAGUCGUCGUCGUCGUCCUUCCUGUAGUCAGGCAGCGGCAGCGCCGCCAGUUGGGCGCGCUCUCCGCCGGCCAGAUGCUCGUGCUGCGCAAGCUGGCGCUGCUCAAGCUCACCGCCUGCAUGGAGAAGUACUGCCCCACUCACCGCUCCGGCUGGAACUGGGAGCUCCCCAAGUUCAUCCGCAAGAUCAAGACGCCCGACUACAAAGAUAAGAGUGUGUUUGGAGUUCCACUGGUCGUAUCUGUACAGCGAUCUGGCCAGGCCCUGCCUCGCUGUAUCCAGAUUGCCUUGCGCUGGCUUGAAAAUAAUGCCCUUGACCAAGUUGGGUUGUUCCGCAAGUCUGGAGUGCGCUCUCGUAUACAUAAACUGAAGAUCAUGACAGAGACUCAUGGAGACCUUGUCAGCUAUGAAGGCCAACAAGCUUAUGAUGUUGCUGACAUGGUAAAGCAAUAUUUUAGGGAGCUUCCAGAUCCACUAAUGACAAACAAGCUCUCAGAAACAUUCAUAUCAAUCUUCCAGCAUGUAUCAGUGGCAAGCCUCCGUGCUGAAGCUGUACGUUGUGCACUGCUUCUGCUACCAGAUGAACACCGAGAAGCACUACAGGCUCUAUUGUGGCUGUUAUCAUGUGUAGCUCAACAUUCCAGUGUCAAUCAGAUGACUGCCAGCAAUAUUGCAGUAUGCCUUGCUCCCUCCAUUUUUCAACUGCAGCCUGAGCUUGCUGAAAAUCGGGCAGCUCAUGAUUGUCUUCUUUACCUUAUCACAGAACACAAACAUCUUUUCACAGUGACAGACGAAAUGCUCUCCCAGUGUCACUUUAACUAUAUGGAAGAAAGUGUUCCAGUUACAAUGGAGGAGCUAGGCAGUGACAUGCACCAAGACUGGCGAGGGUAUCUUUAUGCUUGCACUACAGCUCUUCUCAAGGAAGCAAGAGACAGAAGUAGAGGCUGGAUCUUUGUACCAUGCACAGCUGAUACCUUAGUGGAAAUGUCAUACAAAAAAGUUGGUGAUGGUCAUCCACUUCGUCUGUGGCGGGUCAGCACGGAAGUUGAAGCACCACCACAGGAGCUGUUACAAAGGGUACUUCGUGAGCGUCAUAUGUGGGAUCAUUCUCUUCUAAAAUGGAGGGUUGUUGCAAAACCUGAUACUCGUGGGGAAGUAUUCCAGUAUGUGUGCUCAAGCAUGGCUCCGCUGCCUUCCAAAGAUUAUUGUGUGCUCAGGUCUUGGAGAACAGAUCUCACUAAAGGAGCAUGCAUAAUAGUUGAAACAUCAGUAGAGCAUGCUGAAGCACCUAUAAUGCCUGGUGCAGUCAGAGGCAUUGUUCUAGCUUCAAGGUACCUAAUUGAACCUUGUGGAUCUGGAAAGUCUCGCAUAAUUCAUCUUUCCAGAGUUGAUACUAAGGGACGUACCCCAGACUGGUACAAUAAAAGCUAUGGACAUAUUUGCGCUAUGUACCUAACCCAUAUUAGGUGUUCAUUCAAACAUAAUAGUGAUGGGCCUGAAAGUAAAGUCUGAGAAGUAAAACAUUGGUGUUCACUGAAAAACAGUAUUUUUAGUUCUUGAAGUUUGGAUGCUGAGUUCUGAAGAUUAUUAUGGGGCUGACAUUCCAUCAGCCUUCCAAAAUGGCUAAUUAAAUGUACUAAGUGUUAAGAAUUCAAGAAAUUCUUGAAGUAUUCAUGAUUAUGUGAAGUAUUGGUUUCUAAAUGAGUAUAUAGAGUAUUGUUUACGAUAUAAUUGUGGUGCUUGUUUCUAAAGCCACUAUUUUUUUCUUUGAUGCAUGCAGGUAUAGAAUUUUCAACAGGAAGCUGUUGUGGCAUACAUUUGCAUUUAGUUUUGACACAUUCCAGACUGAGCUAUUGGGCUAAGAAAUAAUGAAAUACUGUAGUUGUUCCAUAAACCCAUUUUUCAUAUGGGUUACAUUGUGCAUCAUGCUAAUGGGAUCAACAGAAUUAGUUCCUGUUGAAGAAACUGUGAAAUAUUCAGAUUUAAACCUGCUUGUGCUCAACCUUGUUCCUUGUUUUGUAGUUUGUUGUUGAACGAAAGUAUGAAAUUUAUAUAAUUUAUUAAGCCUGCUAAGUGGUGUUGACAUAGAAACCCAUAUUAUAAGAGGGUGA